AAUAAUUAGGGCUAUCACACCAAAAAGAGGAAAAUGGUGUGGAGAGGAAAGCCGUAAUACACAUAUCGAUAGGAAGUUGAGAGAGAGGGACGAAGCCACUCCCAUCAAGACGUUCAAGCAACGUUUUCCCGGUUUCUACUGAUGAGGGGAAGGCACUCAAGGAAGAAUUGAUGCUUGAGUCAAGUGAUUCUUUGACUUUUUAUUUCUCUAAUUUUGUUUAUGAAAAACCGGCGGCUUUGAGACAUUGCCCACGGCGGAUUGCAGCGGCGGUGCCGGAGAGCAGCACCGGUCCCUAUCCGCAUUGACGCCUAAAUACACCAACACAGCUAAGCUCGCUACCAAGGGUGAAAGAGAGCAUAGUAUUUGUAUGCAUUGUGUUUAUUUCAAUCGGGGUUCUUUCUUUUGUUUCUUUAUGUUCAAAUGAGAUAAUUGGAGAGGGAAAUGGAGAUUGGAAGGCAUAGUAGUAUGAAUCAAACUGGUGAUUGAAAAUAGCUAAUGAAAUUCAGAACCACGAAUCAAGGAGAAACUCUCAUUUCCGCCUGGGUAUCGUUGAAAUUUUGAGUUUCUCCCCUUUAUUUUCGUUAUCCAUGAUCUUUUGACCCAAUUUGGUUUUAUCCACUUGGAGCUACCUACAAUACUCAGCUUUACAUGUUCUGGGUCUAUAGUUGUUUUUUUUCCAUUUUUGUUGAAUGAUCUUGUUGGUUACGCUGCUGUCAUGAAGAAACAAAAUCAUUUUAGUGACUUGUAUAUUCGCUACCAGAUUAUUUGUAGAAAGAAUAAACACAUGUUGGGAUGGUUGUGGUUCGAUGCUGAUAACUUAGCCAUGUGUGAAUGAGGCCUUGGGAUUACAAGUUGUCAGUUGCUUGUUUUCAGGGUUGUGAAGACGAAGAUGACAAAUUCAACCAGAAUCUGUAUGAAAUGGUGGAUCUUCAAUACACUAAUUGGCCAAUGUAUGAUUAUGAGCGGUUUCCCACCAUGAAUGAACAAACUUGCAAAAGUUCUUGCUUGGAAGAUUGCUUUUGUGUAUUAGCAGUGUUUGGAGGUAGAGAUUGUUGGAAGAAAAGGUUACCACUCUCUAAUGGAAGACAAGAUGCAAGUAUUACAUCUAUUUCUUUCCUUAAAUUAAGAAAAGAUAAUGUCUCUCUUGAGAGUUUCCCAAAUGGUGGUGGAGCACAAAAGAAACAAACCACAAUAAUCCUUGUCAUCACUGUACUCCUUGGUAGCUCUGUUCUUAUGAUCAUAUUAUUGUGUUUCUUUGUCUUGAAAAGAGAGAUAUUAGGUAAAACUUGCACAAAGAAUUUCUCUUUGGAAUGCAAUCCGAUCCGUUUUGCAUAUAUGGAUAUUUACAAAGCAACAAAUGGUUUCAAGGAAGAACUAGGCAGGGGAUCUUGUGGGAUUGUUUACAAAGGAACAACAGAAUUAGGUGAUAUUGCUGUCAAGAAAUUGGACAGAAUGUUUGAAGCAGAAAGAGAGAAGGAGUUCAGAACUGAAGUGAAUGCAAUUGGCCAAACACACCACAAAAAUUUGGUUCGUCUACUCGGAUACUGCGAUGAGGGUAACAACCGAAUGCUCGUUUACCAAUUCAUGAGCAAUGGCUCAUUAUCUACUUUCCUCUUCAAUAAUGAUCCCAAACCAAGUUGGAAGCUUAGAACUCAAAUAGCCUACGAAAUCGCCAGAGGACUCUUGUAUCUGCACGAAGAAUGUGGCACACACAUCAUUCACUGCGAUAUAAAGCCUCAAAACAUACUUCUCGACGACAAUUACAACGCCAAGAUCUCUGAUUUCGGGUUGGCAAAAUUGUUAAAGAUGGAUCAAAGUAGAACCCAAACUGGCAUAAGAGGAACAAAAGGGUAUGUGGCUCCAGAUUGGUUCAGAUCUUCGCCGAUAAAUGCCAAGGUCGACGUGUACAGCUAUGGAGUGUUGUUGCUAGAGAUCAUAUGUUGUAGAAGGAAUGUGGAGAUGGAAGUUGGUGAUGGUGCUCAAGGAGAGAGAGGGGUUUUGAGUGAUUGGGCUUAUGAUUGCUAUGAACAAGGGAGGUUGGAUAUUUUAAUUGAAGGAGAUACGGAGGCCAUAGAUGACAUUGUUAGAGUUGAAAGAUUUGUAAAAGUAGCAAUUUGGUGCAUUCAAGAAGAGCCAUCCAGAAGACCAACCAUGGAGAAUGUUAUGUUAAUGCUUGCCGGGAAUUUAGAAGUUUCUCUUCCUCCAUGUCCUUACCACUCAUUUAGCUCCAUUGUUUAAAAGGCUUAUGUGAUUAAUACAAAUAUUUUGUCUUAAUUCCUUGAUUUAAUGAUGAACAACAAUAAAUUCCCACCACCCAAUCAAAAAGCAUUGUUAUAAAGUUUUUAGUAGUGAGAAAAUUUAUAGUACUUGUUAAGAAAUUGAAGGAAAAAAAAAA